AUGUUGACCUGUGACCAUCCACUUCCCCCGGAUCGGUACAACAAUCGGGUGGAAGACCACUUACGAGUUACUGGCUUCUAUCAUGCAUCUCAAAUUGGUGUCGUACAAAAUCAGAAAGCACUCGUGAAUGCUCUAAUAGAACGGUGGCACCUUGAAACACAUAUGUUUCACCUUCCAAUUGGUGAGUGUGCCGUAAGUCUUGAAGACGUGGCUCUAAUUCUUGGUCUCCCGACGGAUGGUCUUCCAGUUACUGGGAUGACAAUGAGUAGCUUCUCAGCGUUGGAGGCAGAAUGUUUGCAUCAAUUUGGAGUGGCACCGAGUAAGGUAAAGUGUAGAGGAUGUUGUAUAAAACUGACUUGGCUGCGAGACCUAAAAGAAAACAUUCAGUUGACUGAUGACUUAAGUAUACAGAGGUACGUGAAGUGCCAUAUUAUGUUGCUGAUCGGGACGAUCUUGUUUGGGGAUAAAUCUGGGGCAGGUGUGCACUGGAAGUUUCUACCCUUGCUUCGUGACUUUGCCAGUAUUGGACAUUAUAGUUGGGGUUCGGCUUGCCAUGCACACCUCUACAGGGGGUUAUGCAGGGCAUCUCGUUAUAAUUGUAAGGAAAUAGAUGGUCCAAUAACACUUUUGCUUGCUUGGGCUUGGCUCCGACUGCCAUAUCUGUCGCCGAUCCCGAGAGAGCCCCACAGCUUUCCAUUAGCCAACAGGUGGCGUAACUGGGAGCGUGGUGAUCGACGAUAUAGGUAUUUGAAUCUAGCUCACUUUAGGAAGGCCUUUGAUGAACUCCAAGAAGGUCAGUUUGUGUGGGUUGCGUAUGCUGUGGACCGCGUGAAUCCGAACAUAAUUCCUCCUGAGAUUUAUAUGCAAUCGGUUGUGUGGUCUGCUACUGUUCCGUUGGUGUCAUUUGAAUGUAUCGAGUGGCAUGCUACCGACAGGUACAUGCGACAGUUCGGUUUCGUUCAUGAAGUACCUCAGCAGGAGCAGAGUCUUGACAAGGCGCAUGGAGAACAUCCAUUGGAAACUUAUAUGUACUGGUACCGGUCAAAAUAUGGUAACCACUUGAACUUGUCGAAUCUUGUGGGUCAAGAAAGUGAUGACGAUAAUCAGGAUAUGGAUGAGGGUAAUCAGGAUAUGGAUGAUGGUGCUGAGGGUAUGGAUGAGGAUAGUCAGGAUGGGGAUAAUGACAAUGAGGAGCUGGAGCCAUAG